GAUUCGUACUAGUAAUUGUGGCCGCCCUUAAUUUAGGCCGUAUCUGUAAUUUCUUUCCAUUCGACUGAAUUGCUCUGCCGUCUCCAGUCCAGUAGAGUAGAGUAGAGUAGUAGUGAGUCGCUAGCGAAAGAAAUUGAAGAAGAAGAAGAAGAAUUAUUAGGGUUUAGGGUUUGAGAGAUGGGGGCGAGCAGCGAUCCGAACCAGGACGGGUCCGACGAACAGCAGAGGCGUUCCGAGAUCUACACCUACGAGGCCCCCUGGCACAUCUACGCCAUGAAUUGGAGCGUUCGCAAGGACAAAAGGUACCGUCUCGCCAUCGCUAGCCUCCUGGAACAGUACCCCAAUCGCGUCGAGAUUGUUCAGCUCGACGACUCCAAUGGCGAGAUCCGCUCCGAUUCUAAUCUCUCCUUCGAGCACCCUUACCCUCCUACCAAAGUCAUCUUCAUUCCCGACAAGGAAUGCCAGAAGCCUGAUCUCCUCGCCACCUCCAGCGACUAUCUUCGUGUUUGGCGCGUCGCCGAUGACAACUCCCGCGUCGAAAUCAAAACUGUCCUCAACAACAACCGCAACAGCGAGUUCUCCGGUCCUCUAACCUCCUUUGACUGGAACGAGGCUGAGCCUAAGCGCAUAGGCACUUCCAGUAUCGACACCACCUGUACAAUUUGGGACAUUGAGAGGGAGACCGUUGAUACUCAACUCAUCGCUCACGACAAGGAGGUAUAUGACAUUGCAUGGGGAGGCGUUGGCGUCUUCGCCUCUGUCUCAGCCGAUGGCUCUGUCAGGGUGUUUGAUCUUCGCGACAAGGAACACUCCACUAUUAUAUAUGAGAGCUCGGAGCCGGAUACCCCUCUUGUUCGCUUGGGUUGGAACAAACAGGACCCUAGGUACAUGGCCACAAUCAUCAUGGACAGCUCCAAAGUUGUUGUACUAGAUAUCAGAUUCCCAACACUGCCUGUGGUGGAAUUACAGAGGCACCAGGCCAGCGUAAAUGCUAUUGCCUGGGCUCCCCACAGCUCUUGCCACAUUUGCACUGCAGGUGAUGACUCACAGGCACUCAUCUGGGACCUCUCCUCCAUGGGUCAGCCCAUUGAAGGGGGAUUGGAUCCUAUUCUCGCUUAUACUGCUGGUGCUGAAAUUGAACAGCUUCAGUGGUCAUCCUCCCAGCCUGAUUGGGUAGCCAUUGCAUUCUCAAACAAGCUUCAGAUUCUCAGGGUGUGAGUGUGACAUAACCCACCCUACAAACAUCACUUCAACAUCUGAUAGGCAGGCAACUGAGUUCGUUAUGAUCUCAGUCUGUCUGUCUGUCUUCUUAUUUACAGUACAAUUUUAUUUAUAGAAAAAAAAAAUUAUGUGUCAAAGCAUUGUUGUUUUUAUUUUCUUUGCUUUCUUUCUUCUUCCUUUAAUCUGACUAGAGACAAUCCACUUAUCCUGCUUUUUUACUGACCUAGAGUGAGAACAGGCUUAGGAUUCUUGUAGAAUUUGCAUGACACCUUCAAAUUAAGGACUUUCAUACAAUAUCAAACUUUUUUCCUAGCUUAGGAUCCUUGUAUUAUAUUAACUAAUGCUAUUUUUAUUUGCUGUCCUGCAAUUUUAUUUUCUUGGGGACUUCCAUACAUUAUCAAAGACUUGGAUCCAAUAUGCUCCGUAUAACUUUCCUACAUAGCAUAUGUGUCCUAGUGCUACUUUCACCAUAAAAGUUCUGUGAGAUGUGAGUGGCUAUCUUAUUUUGAUGAUUGAGAUGCAUAUGUCCAGGUGCCAUGCUUCUCCACUUCUCCCUACACUACCCAUCUUUCAACAUUUGGGUGGGGUGAGAAUUUAUGCCCUGAUUGUAAAUUGCCACCAAAAAAGAUGGAGAAAAUACCCUUUUUAUUAGUUGAAGCUAGUUUAGGGGUGUUGUGUCAUGAAUGUAUGAAAUUCAAACUCGUAAGUUAUGAAUUUUAUGAUAGUUGUAGCA